CGCGGGGAGGAGGCCGGCGGGCGGGCGGGCGGGCGGCUGGGCGCCGGGCGGGUCCUGUCAGGGCCUGGGGGCGGGCCCGCGGGUUGGAGAGACGGAGGGGCCUUCUUGGGAGCUGCCGAGAGCGAGUCGGCGCAGCAGCGGCGUUUCCCUCCGCGUCGAGGACCUGCCUUGGAGCCUGUGCCGGCGUCCGCCCGCCCUGGGCCUGGCUCCUACCGGGCUGGCCGGGCUCUUGCCAUGGGACACUGCCGCCUCUGCCACGGGAAGUUCUCCUCCCGGAGUCUGCGAAGCAUUUCUGACAGGGCGUCUGGGGACAGCGCAGAAAGGCCGUUCCCAGGGGAGCGUGUGUUCGUCAGGGACUUCCAGCGCCUGCUGGGUGUGGCUGUGCACCAGGAUCCAGCCUUGUCUCAGUUUGUCUGCAGGAACUGCCAUGCCCAGUUCUACCAGUGCCACAGCCUCCUGGAGUCCUUCCUGCAGAGAGUGAAUGUCUCCCCGAUGGGCCAGCGGAAGCCUUGUGCAAAGGUCGGCGCCCAGCCCCCAACGGUGGCGGAGGAGGGAGCAUUUCUAGGGGAUCUCAUCACCUCCAGCUCUCGGUGCCUGCACAGCUUGGUAGGGUGGGUGCAUGGACACGCAGCCAGCUGCGGGGCCCUACCCACCCUUCAGAGAACGCUGGCCUCCGAGUACUGUGGUGUCAUCCAGGCCAUGUGGGGCUGCGACCAGGGCCACAACUACACCAUGGACACUGACUCCAGCUGCAGGGCCCUCCUGCUGGACAGCGCCUUGUCAGUGAAGUGGGCGUGGGACAAGGAGAUGGCACCGCAGCUCACCCACAGCCAGGCAUCCAGCCCCUCGGGGACUGCCCCUCAGGUCUCCCAGGGCAGAGCCACACUGCCCAGCAUGGACGUGGCCCCUCCUCCAGAUGGCAACCCUAUGGGGCCUGGGCCAGGCCCCCCACCGCAGCCAAGCCCACCCCUCAUUGGGGCCCCAGGGCAAUUGGGUGAGAAGCAGGUUCCCUCUUCAACCUCGGAUGAUCGGGUAAAAGACGAGUUCAGUGACCUUUCUGAGGGAGAUUGCCCGAGUGACGAUGACAACACCAGGAAGCAGCAUCCCCAGUCCUCAGAUGAAUCCUUCGAGCCUUACCCAGAAAAGAAGGUCUCUGGUAAGAAGAGUGAAAGCAAAGAAGCCAAGAAGACCGAAGAACCAAAAAUCCGCAAGAAACCCGGGCCCAAGCCCGGCUGGAAGAAGCAGCUGCGCUCUGAGAGGGAGGAGCUGCCCACCAUCUACAAGUGUCCUUACCAGGGCUGCACAGCCGUGUACCGAGGGGCUGACGGCAUGAAGAAGCACAUUAAGGAACACCACGAGGAGGUCCGAGAGCGGCCCUGCCCCCACCCCGGCUGCAACAAAGUUUUCAUGAUCGACCGCUACCUGCAGCGCCACGUGAAGCUCAUCCACACAGAGGUGCGCAACUACAUCUGUGACGAGUGCGGGCAGACCUUCAAGCAGCGCAAGCACCUCCUGGUACACCAGAUGCGCCACUCGGGAGCCAAGCCCCUGCAGUGCGAGGUCUGUGGCUUCCAGUGCAGGCAGCGGGCGUCGCUCAAGUACCACAUGACCAAACACAAGGCAGAGACUGAGCUGGACUUCGCCUGCGACCAGUGCGGCCGGCGCUUCGAGAAGGCCCACAACCUCAACGUGCACAUGUCCAUGGUACAUCCUCUGACCCAGACCCAGGACAAGGCCCUGCCCCUGGAGGCAGAGCCACCGCCCGGGCCACCACACCCCUCUGGGACCACGGAAGGCCAGGCCGUGAAGCCUGAGCCCACCUGAGGACCGACGUGGGCCGCAGGGCCUGUGAGCAGCCUGAAGGCAGCAGGGGUACGGGGGACUGCACACAGCACCCCAGGGUGCAGGACGCCCGCUCCCUGGGAACCCAUGCUAUCUAUACCCCCCACCUCCGCUCCGCGUGUGGGCGUGGGGCCUGUGGGGCCUGUGGGGCUGUGCAGAGCUCUCGCAGCCCUUCUGCCCUCUGCUGUGGGCCAGUGGUUUGUUGUCAUCCCACACUGUAGCGGCUUGGGCGCCAGACUAUAAACCAUUGCCCCUUUUCUCCACUAAAGCGAUUCAGGAGAUUUGUAA